AUGAACGAAAAUUUAUUUGCCCCUUUCAUCUGCCCUACUAUUAUAGGCAUUUCUACUUUACCAAUUAUUAUAAUCUUCCCUUGUCUCAUUUUUACAACACCCAAGCGUUGACUCCCUAAUCGAAUCCAAAUACUACAAAUCUGACUCAUCCGACUGAUUACUAAACAAAUAAUAACAAUACAUAAUAACCUAGGUCGCACAUGAGCCCUUAUACUCAUAACUCUUAUUCUAUUUAUCGCCACAACCAACCUUUUAGGCCUUUUACCCUAUUCAUUCACCCCAACAACACAACUUUCAAUAAAUAUUAGCAUAGCUAUCCCUCUCUGAAUAGCAACCGUACUACUAGGCUUUCGAAACAAACCAAAAACCUCAUUAGCCCAUUUCCUACCACAAGGAACUCCAACACUUCUUAUCCCCAUACUAAUUAUUAUUGAGACUAUUAGCCUUUUUAUUCAACCACUGGCAUUAGCAGUCCGAUUGACAGCUAACAUCACUGCUGGUCACCUACUAAUUCAUCUUAUUAGCUCUGCUGCCUUAGCAUUAGUCUCUAUUAACAUUGUGCUAUCCUCAGUUACACUUAUUGUUCUCUUCCUCCUAACCAUCUUAGAGUUAGCUGUAGCUAUAAUUCAAGCUUAUGUCUUCACCCUGCUAGUAAGCUUAUAUUUACAUAAUAACACAUAA